CAAAUGCCGUGGCCACUGGACGGGGGAAGGGAAGCUGAGAUUGGAGGGAGAAACAAUCAGAAACUGAGCCUUUUCACUUUUUAUCCUGCUCACUCUGCCAAGAAGAACAAACACACACGAGAGAACUUGUGUACAUAUGACAGUCCCUUCUCAGGAUUCUGGCAAAACAAGUCUUAUAUCUAUGACCCACAUCUCACUGGACACCUGCAACUCCUGCUCUGGAAGUCCACUGCUGCUUCACAUGAGCCUAAAGACAUAACCCAGCAGAGACCUAAAGCUGCACCUGUGUCUGGAUUUGUUUAUUGAGCACUAAAAUAAUGACGUGUCUCAGACGGGGAGAGCCCAGCCCUGAAAAGCAGUGUCAUCAGCCAGCAUCUGUGUACCUCUGAUGGGGCUGAGGAGUGAACCCACCGGCAGAGGAAAGAGACCAGUUUCCACCUAACUUCUGUGUACACGCUCAAGGUUAGACUUUGGAGUACCUAAUCAAGCCAGACUCCACACAAUCAUCGCCAUAGCAAAGAGCUGCAGAACAUGGAAUUCUAUUGGCAGUGAUGAUGGUUUAGUGAAAUCAUACUGAUGAGUGACACCGAGUAUACGAGAAGAACAUCAGAAAGGCUUAGAUACUUGCAGUCACUACAAAUGUGCACUACAGAAACCAUGGCGGUCGUCCUCGCGUUAGCUCCUCAGCCCAUUUUUGUCCAUGACUUCAGAAGCCUGUAGAGUCCAGGAUCAGGAACACAUGCCCCAGCCCACACACAUGUAUGCAAUGGAAGAAGACAUCGAUGUCACAUCACAUCCUGAGGGUCUAAACGGUCUGUCCAGUGAAUGUAAACCAUCAGAGGAGAUCACCAAUGGACACUCCAAUCAUAAGCCCGUCAUGAAUGGUAUAAUUAUUGGCCAUAAUGUCAAAGACCACACCAACGGCAGUGCGCCACUCACAUCUCUGCCGAUUUCAGCACUGAAGCAGAACGGUCUUCUGCAGACCCUGACGGCAGGGGGGGACCAACCUAAACCUUCAGAGGAAAAUGUGGAGUUAGAAAAGGCCAGGCAGGAGUGGGAGGCCCUGGAAAAUGUUCAACCAGCUUUCACUGAGGACUCAAGCCCAAGCCCACUUAUCUCCUUCAAUGAAGCCCUGCAGUACUUCCAGACCACAGACCUCGGGGAUUUGCUAAAGAAUAUCCAGCCAACCAUUCGCAGGACUGGUCUGGCUGCUAUCGCACACUUCCUCUUUGGACCUCCACGGCUUCAUCGGGAACUCUUGGAGGAGCGGGAUCUGGUCUUUGCCAUUGCACAGUGCCCCGUGGACAACAGCCAAACCGUCCACAUGCGCGUCCUCCAAACCAUUUAUAAGAAGCUCGUCGGCAGCAGACUGGACUGUCCUCGCUACGGCGUGCACUGGGAAAACAUCGGCUUUCAGGGUACGGACCCAGCGACUGACCUACGCGGCACUGGCUUCCUGGGACUGAUGCAUACUCUGUACUUUGUGAUGGAUCCAGAGACUUUGCCACUGGCUAGAGACAUCUACAAGUUAUCCCAACACCCUACACAGAACUUUCCAUUCAGCGUGAUGUCGAUAAACAUGACCCGCAUCGCUCUGCAAGUACUCAGAGAGGAGGCCUUGUCCAAGGAGUGCAAUCGUCGUCAGCAAGUGGUCGGCGUCCUGAAUGAGUUUUACGUUGCCACGUAUCUGCACCUUUACCAGCUGUGGAAGACCCAACACAAGACCAUCGCUGACUCUGGUUUUGUACUGAAAGAAGUGGAGCUGUUUGCCAAAAAGAACCCCAAGCAGAUGCUACGCCGACUCGAGGUCUUCCUGAAAGAGAGGCAGGCAGUCGGGAUCCCCUGUGGGACGUCAUCAGACCCUCAGGCCCAACAGCCGUCUCCCGGCCUGGGGGAGCGAGCGGCCAGAGCCGUGGUGGGACAAGGAAGCAAGGGGAAGGAGAUGCACUUCACGGGAGUGUGUGAUCUACCACCAGACAUGGAGGGAGAGGCCAGACUCAUCUAAGCUAGACUCUGCGUGAGUGUGCGUGUGAGCAAUCCUGCUUGUGGGUGUGUCUGUUAGCGUAUUCCGAGUGACUAACUCAGAGAGUUAGAAGAACCCCCGCCAGACCCUGGUCUAGGACCUGCUAUCUGAACCUUUUCAAACACUUCCACUCUCUCCCUUGCUGCUGGGGUGUUGCACUUUGAUCACAUUAUGCUUUCAGAGUUAUAUUUCCUUUUUGUGUGUGUAUGUAUGUGUGUGUGCGUGCGCCUGUUUUGUUACAUACAUUUGUUUGUUUUUUUUAACAGAAAACAAAGAACGGCGGACUGUAGAGUGUAAAGAUAACGUGUCAUAAAAAUCAAGAAAGUGAAUUUGCACUUUUCUGCGGAUUUCAGCCAAAUAUGAAUUGUUACUCGUCGCCUGCCUAGAAAUCCAAAACAUGCACACCUGUGUUCCCACGGUCUCUGCCAGGUGAUGUUAGCAUCGCAACGAGCAGCCGAUAUCAAAGGCUAAUGCUAACGGCCCACGCUGCAGCUGACGGGCAGCAUUAUAAGGUUUAAGUGAAGUAAAAAGAAAAAAUUCAAAUCCCUUUUAUGGAGUUUUCUCUCAGCAGAUUUCUCUCAGCUUUUGUGCGGCGAACAGACGUCGUUCUCAGAAUUCUCACACGCUAGUCUUUGAAUGCAGCGUGCUUCGAAGGUCUACUCCCCUUUGCAUCUCCGCGUGAUUGAAUUGAACGUUAUUGUGACAGAUGUCGGACGGUCAGUCCACGUGUGUGGUGGUAAAGCCAGUGAUGGUGUGAUUGACUUAGUCCAGAGGUCCCGCCUAAUAUGGGGGGGAAUAUAUUUUAAAUAAUUUAAAAAAAGAACUAAUCUAGUCCUUUGUGAAGGGACGUCCUUCAUAACCUCACCGUUAUGAGUAAAAGCACUUCAGAGUUUGUUAUUAAACUGAGGCUCCGUGACCGUGUGAGGGAUUUUCAACACUGUUAUUAGUCGAUCUUAAAGUCUUUUCAUGGUGAAAGCCAACGAGACGUCCGUGUGUCUGUGCUUGGUCCCGGCUUCAUUCAAAGGUCUGGUAUGAGCUUUCUCUACAUUCCGUUACAAAGCAUGUGAUUGUAAUUUUUUUGACCAGUUUAGAAAUGUAUUCUAUUGUGUGUAUGGGUGUGUGUGUGUGUGUGUGUUUGUGUGUGUGGUACCAAAUGGAUCAGCUGAUAUUGAUGAAGGAUGCCUCCCCUUGGAGAUGUAUGGUACAGUAUGCAAUCCCAGCUCUCACUCAAUGAUAAUCAAAAACGAUAUGUGCUGUGUAACGAUAGAAAUCGUUCUUUACUUCAGGGUUUGUGUGUGUGUGCGUGUGUGUGUGCGUGUGUGUUGUAUGACAGGAACAGACUACAGAUGGGGCGCUUUCCGUAGCACAAAAGAAGUCCGCUUUACUAAGUACUUGAUCCUCGGAGCUGCAGAUUUGUAAUUGUACAAUUACCGAAUGCUCGUCGUAAAUCAAGGAGCAUAUUCUGCAGCCUGGAAUGGGUCCAGCUCCUCAGCAGAGCACGCGGCUGCGCUGUGCUGACGCGAAACCGUCUCCCGUUGUCGUAGUCUCAGUCUGUAGCAUGUUCAGGUAGCACUAGUACUGUAGCAUCUUAUAUCCUCCUCCUCUUUGUAAAGCUUGUUGAUGUCAUGUCUCAGUUACACUCUGUAGUGUCAGUGAGUGAGCAAACUGUUACUACUAUAGCACAUCCAUUCCAUGUUUCCAUUACGCUUCCUCCGGUAGACGCACGUGUAGGCGGUGCAGUGUAUGUCCUGCAGAGACGCGGGAACGGCUUGACCUUGUCUUCUAAGAAGGUGACGAUAAAAAAAAAAUAAAAAAAAGUCGCCUACGUCCCCCAGUGGAAUCGUGUGGUCGGUGCUCGUUCUUUUUUCCGUGUGAUGCGGUAAACACAGUCGCCCCGCCCCCGUCAAUGGAUAUAAACACACACACACACGGAACAAUCGCGGGCGUGUAAAUCUUCAAUGUCGACGUCCACUCAGAUCAUCGUUCUCCAUCGCUGUUUGCCACCGUGUAACUUAAAAAAAAAAAUGGAGCUGAUGUACUUUUGCCAAUUGUUUGCGAGUGUUUUGAUUGAUCAGGAACUUUUUGCACUGUUGUAGACCUUUGAUAGGAACGUGUGACGUAUGCAAGCAUAAGCGGGCCUUCAGCGGGUCUUCAUCAUUCAAUAGCCAUAACUACGUUUGUCCUCGCAGCCACGAGUGAGAUUCCCCCUCAUCGCUCUCAGAUGUUGCACCACAGAUAUGAUCUGGCAUUUCGUUUUAUUCCAUUUUAAACUGAGGAGCAGUACAGUGUGUAUGUAAAUCAGGAAGUUUGUAUAUAGAGAAUUAAUGAUUGUAACUGUAUGAUUGUCUGUAGGGCAUUAUACUGAAACACAUUGCUUACCUCAAGACUUGAGACAAAUCUCUCCUUCUCUCCCGAUGUUUGUUUGGUUUUUACGUUUCCUUGUGUGCCCCCCCCCCGACAUUCUCUCUGUCCUAUAAUAACACCUGAAGCACUACAUGAUUACAAACUAACACAAACGCUGGUCAAUGUUCUGUGUAUUCUAUUUAAAGACACAUUUGUAGACACUAUAUAGGCCCACACAUGUUCUGAUGCACAUUUGCAGAUUUAAACAAAAAAAGAAAAAAAAAAAUCCUUUUUAAAAGAAUCUAUAAUUGGCUGAUGUUUACCAUGUUGAAAUAAGC